GGACUGGAUUCGCCGGGUCACUGGCCAACGUACCCGUUAGUGGAGUCCCCGCUUUAGGGGCGUUGACAUUCCGCACUCGUCGCUUCCAGGAGCAGCAGGUGGGCUCCGUGUUCUUUGUGGCUCAAAUUGCUCGCAGGUCCACACUACCAGAUCCAUGUCUCUACUCGACCGUUGAAAGAAUGGUCGCGCUCAUGCAUCCACGGGCUCUUGCGGCCAGCCUCGUGUUCGUCGGUGCCUCGGCGUUGGACAUUGCUUCGGACGUGGAGCGGUCGAGCCGAAGUUCUAGGGCGCAUGUCGCCGUUCGCCAGACGCCCGAGGAGCUGGGCUUCUCCGACACAGGCGUCGCUGAACACGACGACACCUAUGGCCAUUCCGAAUACAGCGAGGAGUUCUGUUUGGACAUUGGCGCAAAGGGCUUCCCGAUCCCCACGUUCGAGAUGAUGAAGGCUGUCGACUGGAGCGCGGAGGCGUAUUUCCAGCAGCUGCAGGGGGCAGGGUAUGCCGAGGAUGCCUUGCAGAUGACCGGUCCAGACAGAGCCGUUCUGAAGGCUGACUGCAUGAAGGAGAGAUUCAUAGGCAAAAUGAAGCACAUCUUUGUGGGCGACUCUCAAAUGAUGGCCCUCCGUAAUGCGUUUCACCGUCUCAACAGGUGCCCUGAGAUUUGGUUUGCGAACCAUUCCGCGGAGGACCUUGACGCCAUGAUGCGGACUGUGCAGAGGAAUGGCAAGGCCAAGAAUGAGGAGGACCGGCUGAAGGCGAAGAGCAGGGCCAGGUUCCACUCCCGCCCACAGAUGGUCCCGUACACGAAGCUUCCCGAAGGCUGCACAGAGGAGGGCAUCGCAUCAUUCGUCCACUGGGACGCGUGGGCCGAACACCAGCUGCCCGUCGAGGCAAUCAAGAAGGAGAUGGAGCUGAGCGCCGUUGACCCUUCCGACGGGGAUACCGUCAUCGUCUGGGUUGGCUCGAACUUCAUCCCCGCCAGGCACAGGAUGGCCUCCCUUCUCGAUGCCGUCAAUAAGCUUCACCAGCUGAAGGUCAAGAUGGUGUGGGAUUCGCCGGCCUUCCACGACGAGGUCCUGAUGGCCGCCACGACGACCCACAACGCUGGACGCAGCCGUACCACCGAGAUCCCCUUGACCUUGAAUUCCAUCGCUCAGCGGAAGAUUCGGAGGGCGAUAGGCUCAAACGAAUUCGGCACCGAGAGAGAGCUUUUCAAUCAGGGCAUUGAGAUUCCCACCACGAAGCGGUGGCAGAUCACAAACCGUUACCGCGGGCUCCAGUGCGACGGCAUCCACACUGACAUACGGGCGAGGGACCCCCUAUUCUACGACAUGCCUUGCCCGAUGGGCGACCAGAAAUACGGCCAGUCCACCUACUGCGCCUGGGUGGAGCCCUUCAAGAAGGAGCUGAAUCGCGUCUGUCCGGUGGCCACGGGGCUAGACGACAUGGUGCUCCAGAGCGGACUCUAUUCGAUGUGCGCUGCGCACGAGCAACCAUUCUGCUACGCGUACACCGAGAACAUCCGCUGAGAGCCAGGGCCUGACACGGCUAGGGUCUGGCGAUUCUGUGCGUCUAUGCUAAAUAGAGGGGUGGAGUGAAAGAGAGAGAGAGA